GUUUUCCUCAGAGUCGUAGGCGGUAGUGUUUUCGGGUUAUAUGUCUCUAUCAACUGCUUAAAUCAUAGGUUUCUAACUACCAGCGGCGCCGUCCUAUGUCCUAAAAGCCCAAAUUGCCAAUACAAAAAUGACACAAACCUACAGACACUUUAACCCAGACCAAACUAGUCGAACCUAGAGUGUCCCAGGUCUAUGAGUCGAUCACUGAUCACCCUAAUGAGCAAAAAUGGCGGGUGACAAGGAUCCCCUGAAACAGUUGAAAGAUCUGACGCGGCUCAAAAGUCAGUUGGAGGAAAUCCAGAGGCGAGUGGAGAACGAAGUGACUCUAGGAAUCCCUCAGGGAGGCUCAGUGUUGGGAUCACCAUUUCUGAAGGGCUUUCUGGCCGGCUAUGCGGUGGCCAAGCUACGUUCCUCUGCCUUCCUGGGACUACUAGUGGGUACAGCCACUGGUAUAUACGCGGCACAGAACUAUCCAGUGCCCAACAUUGAACGGACGGUGAAAGACUAUAUCAACAGCUUGAAGAAAGGACCAAAAUAAUUUGGGCUGACUGUUAGUUUGGUCAGUGAAAUAACAAGAAAAAGAGAUGCAGCUGCUGCCUUGACAGAGCCUUGUGACGGAUCAGCCUUCAAGUAAACUUGACUAUGAAUAUAAUGACAUAACUGGAAUUGUAUUGGGGACUCAAAGCAAAAGACUGCAGUUUUUAUUAGCAUUUUGUUUCAGGUUCAGUUAAUUACUGCCAUUUAGUUUCAGCUUGUGUAUGUUUGAUGUUAGCACAAAAUGGAGGACUAUGUAUUUCAAGAGUGCUUGGUCCAUCAGAUUAUAAAAAAGGUCUGCUGCCUGGAGCAGUUAUCUAGGCAUGUUAGAAUUUAAAUUGGUCAUGUGCAAAACAUGCAGUAAUUCCUCCACGUGUCUGCUACACCCUUAUUGUUCAGUUUAAAAUAUAUACACAAAGUAUUACAAAACAAA